AUGGGUCGACUGUCCGUCAGUUCGAAGGAUUCUGACCAUUCAAAGAAAGAUCGUGCUCCUAAAUCUGCUAAUGCAGAUACUGAUGGUAGAAAGGAUAACCCUCAAAAGGCCCUGAACGAUUUCUUGGCGGAUCCUCAGGCGUUUCCUGACUCCAAGAGGUAUCAUGAUGGUUUGCAUGAAACGGAUUUUAUGGAGGGUAGAAGCCGCAGCAGCAGUAGACAUACGCGCAAGAGUUCGGACGGUAAUGAAGGCGAUGAAUAUGACUACGAAAUGCAAGAUUAUUGGCCACAGCCGAUUACCUCCAGGGGACGCUCAAAGACAUCUUACAUCCCACAGUACACAAUAAGCAAUGCUUCUCAGUUCCAAAUUCAUGAAGUGGUGCCAAACACACAGAUGGCCAUUUCAUCCAGUACAGAUACAACCGGUGGCGUGAAUGGGAGCUUGCCGGGUACGGAAAAUGCUCGUUCAGAACUUAGACCGAGAGGUCAGACGGUCUCAUCGAACCUCUUGCAUCUCGGAGACAUUUUUAAGAACAAUGAAGAUACUAACUCGCAUAAUGCAUCUACCUCGGGUCCACGAUCAAGACAUGGGUCGGAAAGCCACAGAUCCAAUGUCGAAAACUCCUAUGCAGCACAGGAUGUCGAAUCGGAUCCUCGCAAUGUUCCCAUGAUGGUUAAACCAAAGACGCUUUACCAGAACCCGCAGACACCAACCGUUUUGCCAUCCACUUAUCAUCCAAUCAAUAAGUGGUCCACAGUAAAACACAGCUAUUUGAAGGAAUUCUUGGCCGAGUUUAUGGGAACUAUGGUGAUGGUAUUCUUAGGGUCUGCUGUGGUUUGCCAAGUUGUAGCGGCAGGUAAAAUACAACAAAAUCAAUUCAACGAAGCACUCGCCGAUCUGAACAACGUACCAGAAGAUCUUGUGGCCACUACAAGGACUUUAACAAACAUUGUCUCUUCCGUGUCAGGAGGUACAUUUGACGAUAUCGCCUUUGGUUGGGCUGGCGCAGUCGUUAUGGGUUACUUCUGUGCUGGUGGUAGUGCGAUCUCAGGCGCCCAUUUAAAUCCAUCAAUUACGCUUUCCAAUUUCAUUUUCAGAGGUUUCCCGGCGAAGAAGAUACCCUAUUACUUUAUUGGACAGUUGGCAGGUGGCUUUGCAGGUGCGCUGACCUUGUUCAUAUUUUACAAAAAGGUUAUUCAGGAAGCUUACGAUGAAUGGUGGAAAGCUGAAAGUGUAGCCUCUAUGUUUUGUGUCUUUCCGAAACCUUACCUCUCGUCCUCACGGCAGUUCGUGUCAGAAUUCAUCUGUACGGCCGUGCUUCAGGCCAGCACCUUUGCUCUGACUGAUCCGUAUACCUGUCUGUCCUCGGAUAUCUUUCCAUUACUACUGUUUGUGCAGAUUUACGUGAUCAACGCUUCGAUGUCUUACCAGACAGGUGCAGCCAUGAACAUGGCUCGCGAUUUAGGUCCUCGGCUUGCCUUGUAUGCCAUUGGUUUUGAUAGAACUAUGCUAUGGGUAGCACACAGGCAUUUUUUCUGGGUUCCCAUGGUAGCUCCAUUCCUUGGCUCAAUGACUGGAGCCCUGAUAUAUGACGUUUGCAUUUACCAAGGGCAUGAAUCGCCGGUGAACUGGCCCCUAUCUGUAUACAAAGACAUGAUACUCAGGGCCUGGUUCAGGAGGCCUGGCUGGAAAAAGAGAAAUAGAGGCAGGGCCACAUCGGACUUGAGCGAUUUCUCUUAUGAAGAUGACGACGACGACAACCAAGAGCAGCAUAGCGCCAACCCAUUGACCACUCCGAGGACGAGAACGCUUUCAUCAGCUUCGGACAUUGAAGAACCACGGCAAAAAGCCGUGCAGUUCAAAUCCGUUCAAGGCAGAGGUAAGAGAUACUACGGCGGCGUUCCAACCAUUCUGGAGGAUGAGGAUUCCAUUGCCACCGCAUCCUUAGGAGACGCGACUUCGGACUCGGUGGUACUGUCUGAUGCGUCGUCGUCCCUAGAUGAUCAUGACAUUAAGACCAGUGAUCAACACGCCUAUCGAAAGAAGAAGUGA